CUCCGAUACCCAAUCCUAUUACCUUACUCUACGGUGCCCUUGCCAAUGGUUGUAAGCACUGCUAUAUAGACUGAACUCUAAUCGGGUGGUUCUCCAGGCCGCCAGUUGCCUCGCUAAAUUCUACGCCUUGAUAAUCCGAUGUGGUCAUUCUGAGCGUUCAUAUAGGUAACAAUCUGGCUAACGGCACCACCACCACCAGCAGAAAGGUGGCUAAAACCACGAACCCUCCACAAAGUAUCACGAUAUGCAUAUACUGUGGUUCGUCCACCGGCAAUGACCCUGCCCACUUGCAGGCUGCACGAGAUUUGGCGCGACUGAUGGCUGCCAGAGGUAUCAAGUUAGUCUAUGGUGGCGGAACAGUUGGGCUCAUGGGGGAAUUGGCCAAGACCCUGGUCUCACUAUCAGGCCCCGACUCAGUACACGGCAUCAUUCCCGAAGCACUGGUCAAGUUUGAAAGGGACAAUACCUACAGCAGCAUGACUUCGGGUAACAUGCCAAUCCCGGAGGAGGCAACUUACGGUCGCACAACCAUCGUCAAAGACAUGCAUGCUCGCAAGCGCAUGAUGGCGGAAGAGGAGAUUGCUGGAGGUCCCGGGUCUGGCUUUAUAGUUCUUGCGGGCGGCUAUGACACUAUCGAAGAGAUCCUAGAAGUUGCCACGUGGGUUCAGCUUGGGAUCCAUCAGCGUGGCGUUUGCCUGCUCAACAUCAACGGCUUCUGGGAUGGAGUACUGGGCUGGAUUCGUCGAGCCGCCGAGGAGAAUUUCAUUCGCCCAGCCAAUGCGGGGAUUGUGGUGGGAGCAAAUACCCCGGUUGAGGCUAUAGACAAGCUUGCCGCAUAUGAGGUCCCUGAUUCCAUUCUACAUUUCGAAUGGGAUGGGAUCUGAGCUCCGUGUUCUAAGGCAGAGUCUGUAGGUUUGGCUUGCCUGUAGUGUAAGAUAGAACAGUACCUAGACCACGACGAUUUCGCCUCUCCAUCUCAUGAAUCUCACGUAGUAACUGUUUUCACGACUCUUGGAUAUCGAAAUGAUCAUCGUAUGCAGGCGAUACGUAGGCCAUCUUGGUCCGUAACGCUGCUGAGAAACCGUGCACCUAUCCGCCAGUGCCUAC